CACAGGCGCGCGGGGCGUCGCGCCGUGAGGCCGUGAUGACGCACAGGCGCACGCUCGGUGGCUCCUCGGGGAAGAUGGCGGCCGCAUCUUUGAAGGAGAGGAAUUGAGAGUGGGGAGAAGGGAAGAGGACCAGACGGGAGAGACAUUCCCUGCGGCGCCUAAGGACGCUGCGCUCGCAGUUAGGAGCUCCUCCUGGCCCCCCACGUGACUUAGUAAGAAAACAUCACCAUGGCUACAGAAAUUGGCUCUCCUCCACGAUUUUUCCACAUGCCAAGGUUUCAACACCAAGCUCCCCGACAAUUAUUUUAUAAGCGACCUGAUUUUGCACAGCAGCAAGCAAUGCAGCAGCUCACCUUUGAUGGAAAACGAAUGAGAAAAGCUGUAAACCGAAAAACCAUAGACUAUAAUCCCUCUGUAAUUAAGUAUUUGGAGAAUAGGAUAUGGCAAAGAGAUCAGAGAGAUAUGCGGGCAAUUCAGCCGGAUGCAGGUUAUUAUAAUGAUCUGGUCCCACCUAUAGGAAUGUUGAAUAAUCCUAUGAAUGCAGUAACAACAAAAUUUGUUAGGACAUCAACAAACAAAGUAAAAUGCCCAGUAUUUGUUGUGAGGUGGACCCCAGAAGGAAGAAGGUUGGUCACUGGAGCUUCUAGUGGGGAGUUCACCUUGUGGAAUGGGCUGACUUUCAACUUCGAAACCAUAUUGCAGGCUCAUGAUAGCCCUGUGAGGGCCAUGACUUGGUCACAUAAUGACAUGUGGAUGUUGACAGCAGAUCAUGGAGGAUAUGUGAAAUAUUGGCAAUCCAACAUGAACAACGUCAAGAUGUUCCAGGCACAUAAGGAGGCGAUUAGAGAGGCCAGUUUCUCACCCACGGAUAAUAAAUUUGCUACAUGCUCUGAUGACGGCACUGUUAGAAUCUGGGAUUUUCUUCGUUGCCAUGAGGAAAGAAUUCUCCGAGAUACAACACAAGGAAAAAGCACACUGAAGGACCCUGCUUGGUAUAUGCUGUACCAGGUUUCCAUUCUACCUGGUGAAAUGGAUCUACUGUGUGUUGGCAAGUCUUCUCCUGGAAGGUUGGGAAAUUCACAAUGGAUGACAGUAAGGGCAGACAUUCCUGACCUGUGUAGAGUCUCACUUGUAAUUUGAUUUUUAUGAGCAGCUCCAUUUCCUAAGCAACCUGGCAGAAGAUCAAGUACAGUGUAAGAUGCAUUGCCCUCAGUCAUGCACAGUAACAGAUAGACUCUGUUUUAUGCAUCCAAUAGAAGUUAGAAUUGGACAGAUGUAAGGUCCAUUCAAACAUCACUGCUAUUUGAGAAAGGUUAUGCUCUGGAAAAGAACUGGGUAGAUUAAUGCAGACGUGAUUUUUCCUGAAAAUUUCUACUUUUUGUCGUGAGGAUUUGUUGAAAAUUUAAAGUGGAAGUAAAAUAGUAAAAUGUUCUUUUCCAGUCCUGUCACCAAGGUGAUUGCCAUUUUGUUAAUAGUUUUCUCCGUAGUCCCCUACCCCCUUUUUUCUCUAUUUGAAACAAGAAUAUUACGGAGUUGAGGCUGGCCUCAAACUUGAUAGGUAGCGUGGAGGAUGACCCAGAACUUCUGUUUACCCUGCCUUUGAACCCAUGGUACUGGGAUUGCCAUCAACAUGCCUGACUGUGUUAUAUAUCUUCCUAGAAUUCUUUUACAGAUAUUAAAAAAAAUGUUCUAAAAAAUUACCUCAGAAAGGAGUUUACAUUACAUUGCUCAGGUGAUCUUUGCUUUUCUCUCUGUCCUUCUCUGCCUUUGACUGCUGUGUAAUGUUUUAUAGCGUGUGGCUACCAUAAUACUCACACACGCACGCACUCCCCCUACCCCCCACCCCACAUGGUCUGGAGUUAAAGCAAAGUCCUUGUAUUUUGCUAGGACACAGGGUUUUUGUUUUGUUUUUGUUUAAGGGGGGGAAGCAGCAAGGGAUGAGAAGACGGCAAGAGUUCACUCAGUAAAGUGGCUGGUAUGGGACACAAACCAUGGCGACCUGGAGCGCACGUCUUUUACAUUAUACAUAUGCUCUACUGUCUGUGGCUUCACUAAGACAAAAGUUCAUUCUAAGUUUCUGUGUGCUUGUAUAUUUGUAUCUCCUCAUGGAAACUUAACUUUUAAAUUUAUAACAUAAGAGUGUGUAAUUAUACACCCUCCCUGGGAGGAUACAUUGUCUUCAGAAGCCAUUAAUAGUACUUAAGAAGGUUCUUUUAGGUAAUCUCUUUAUUUAAUUAGAAUACCUUAUUUUUAUUUUACUUAUAUGAGUAUUUUGCCUUCUGUGUUGUGGGACACUGCAUCUCCCGGACCCCCUAGAAGCUAGUUAAAGAAUGGUUGUACGCUACCCUGUGGAGCUCAGAACUGAACUAGGGUUCUCUGCAAGAAGAUCAAGUAUUUUAAACCAUUUUCCAGCUCCUCCAUAUUCCAGUUUUUAGAAGAAUUAGUUUCGUGUGUGUGUGUGUGUGUGUGUGUGUGUGUGUGUGUGUGUGUCCCCCUUGGAGUAUGGAUACAGAUCAUUUGUGCACAGGAGCCCCUGGAGCUUUGAAACUACUCUGUGGGAACCAAAUUCAAAUCCUCCGCAGAAGGAGUCAGCUCUCAACCCUUGAGCUAUCUCUAGCACUACUCUUCAGAUUUUUAACUUUAAAAUUUUAAAUUACAAAAGUAAUACAAGGUACUAACUCUUUCUGACCAUUUAAGGAGUGGGAAUAUGCCAGUCUUCUCUUAGAGAUCUCCAAAGAUAGUUUUUGUUUUAAAACUCUGGUUAUUAGAAUGUCAAAUCACAGACUUUCUAUUUUCUGGCAUAGUGUGUUUUUGUUUCCUGUUCUGAAAGGUGAGCAGCUCAGUGAUCUUGCCCCUCUACCUCUGUCUCCUGGUUUUGUAUAAAUGAAUUUUAGUUAUUUUAGGAGGUUUAUUAUUGCUUUACAUGUUUGUGUUCUUUCCCUUUUUCUUUGUUAUUUCAAGAUAGGGUUUCUUUGUGUAGCUCACGCUGACCUGGAACUCAGAGAUCCACCUGCCUCUGCUUUACAUGUUCUUACAUCUUAAGUUUUUGGUCCCUGAUUUUCGGGAGUAUAUCUCUCAGUUCAUGAUUAGCUUUCUGAAGGAAAUCUGUUCCUCCUAAAUUUUUUUUCUUUCACUUUCCUACUUUUAAUUUUUCUUCACAUUAUAAAAGAUAUAUAAUAAUUUUUCUUCUUUUUCUUGUUUUUAACUUUAAGAAGUGGAGGCUGGAGAGAUAGGUCAGUUGUUGAAGUACUUGCUACCUGUGUUUAGGCCUCCAAACUCAAUUAAAGACAAUCAAAACAAAACAAUACAAAAAACCAAACAAACAAAAAAGCAAAUGAAAAAACAAAAAAACUUAAAACUAGGCAUGAUGGUUUUCUUUAGAGGAGGAAGCAGAUCAGAAUUACUGGCCAGCAACCUUUAAAGAAAAAAAUAAGCCAGGUGGUGGUGGUACAUACCUUUAAUCCCAGCACUUGGGAGGUAGAGACAGGCAGAUUUCUGAGUUCGAGGUCAGCCUGGUGUACAGAGUGAGUUCCAGGAUAGCCAGGGCUACUCAGAGAAAUCCUGUCUCGAAAAACCAAAAUAAAAUAAAUAGGAAUGUGCCACCUGGGGAACAACAGCUGAGGUUAUCCUCUGGCCUCCACAUGCAGGAACACAAAUGUGGGUACAUGCCACACAUGACAACACCCCUCCACACACACAAAUUCUAAGGACUGGAAACCAGGAAACAGCAUUUCUUUUUGGUUUUUUCGAGACAGGGUUUCUCUGUGUAGCCUUGGCUGUCCUGGAACUCAUUCUGUAGACCAGGCUGGCCUUGAACUCAGAAAUCCACCUGCCUCUGCCUCCCAAGUGCUGGGAUUAAAGGAGUCCGCCAGCCACCUCAGCCCGGCAAGAAACAGCAUUUCUCCUAAGGCUGAUUUUAUUACUAGUUGAAGAGCAAAGUACUGUAAUUAGACUUUAGGAAUUAUAUUGCUGUGUCAGUUGGAAACUGUUCUGCCCAUUGAAUAUCAAGCUAAGUUAAACUUGGCAUUCUCUUUUAAGUGUUUAUUGUUUUGUAUGUGUUUGAAUGUGUGUGUGUCAUGGUGAUGUAUUGAGGUCAAAAGACAGCUUUUGAAAGUUUUUCUUCCUUUCCAGUAGGCUCCAGGGAUCAAACUCAGGUUGUUAAAUUUGCACACCAAGUACCUUUACCCACAUUCUUGCUGUCCCGUGAGUUUCUUAACUCUUUCAUUUUAUGAGCUAUUGAAAGUAUCAUAAUUAGGUUACAUCUAGUUGUUAUCUUCUACUUGUUUUUCUAAGUGUCAGUAAAACUUUCAUCUGCAAAUUUUAUGGUUUUGUUUUCUUAAGAUUUAUUUUAUGUGUAUGAGUGUUUUGUCUGUGUGUAUCUAAGUACACUGUAUGUGUUCCUGGGACUUGUGAAAGCCAGAAGAGAGCACUGGAUUCCUGUGGAACUGUGAGUUAAAGACUGCUGUAAGCUGCCAAGUGGAUGCCUGGGAACGGACUCAGGCCCUCUGCAAGAGCAGCCUGUGCCCUUAACUGCUGACCCAAUUCUCAAAGUUUAGAUAGUUUUGCAUUUUGAGCAAAUAAAUUUUAUCUUACUUAAAAAAUUUUUAUUUUAGCUAUUUUUUAUUUUAAUGUAUUUGAGUGUUUUGCCUUCUUGUGUGCCUGUGUGCCACAUGGGUGCCUGGUGCCUAAGGAGGUCAGAAGAAGGUGCUAGAUCUGCUGGAGCUAGACUUACAUACAUUGUGACCUAUCAUUUGGUUGCUGGGAAUUAAACCCAGUUUCUCUGGAACUGCAGUCAGUGCUUUUAACCACUGAGCCAUGUGUCUAGUAGGAUGUAGGGUCUAAAGAGCUUUUCCCUCAGAAAUUUUUAAAUUCACUUUUUAAUCUUUGAAUUCUUUGAGUAUUUAAUACAAUGUUUUUGUUUGUUUGUUGAGAUAGUCCCAUUAUGUAGCCCUGGCUGGCCUCUAGUUGGCUAUGCAGACCAUGUGGACCUCGAAUUCACAGAGGUCCAGUUCUUCCUGCCUCUAAAUGUUGGCUUCUAAGACUUACUGGCCUUUGUCACUAUGCCAGACUUCCUUCCAGAACUGAAAGGCCUUCAUCAUUUUUGUUGACAAGAUGCUAGUUAGAGCUCCUUGUUUUUUGACUCUUAUGUUGCCUUCUUUCCCCUGUCAAGUUUGAGACAGAGUCUCACUAUAUAGUCCUAGCUGGCUUAGUGCUUAUUAUAUAGAGCAGGUUGACAUCUUUAGGCACUUGCACACACUUUGGUUUUUUUAUGUAUGUAGCCCUUGGAGGCCUGAAGAGGGCAGUGGAUCACUUGGAGCUGCAGUCACAGAUGGUUGUGAGCUGGCCAGCUACGUGGGCGAUGGAACUGAGCUCCGGUCCUGAAAGAGCAGCAGGUUCUCUUCACCACUCUACCAUCUCCAGCCCUCCUGGGUAGUUUUAGUUACUACUUUUCUGUUUUUAGGUGAAAAUACUCUAAAUUUCAGCUUUCUUGGACUCCUUUAAUUUACAGUCUUCAUUCCAUUUGAAUAUUUUUUCUUCUUUGUUUCCAUUUCUCUAAAGCUCAUGGAACUUCUAUCAGUCAGAUGUUGAGUCUGAUACUCAGCACAUCUGGUGAUCUUUAUUUUACAAGUUACAUGUCAUGUUUCUUUUUCAAGAACUCUUUCCUACUUUCUGUUGUCUUCUGGACUUCAUUUUUCUUAGUGGUUUGUUUCAUUGUUUUCUCUGCCAGGUUUUUUGUUACUUCCUUGUUGAAGGAACCCAGGACCUUGACACAUGAUAGAUAAGUACUCUACCACUAGCCUAUACCUUGUCCAGUAUGUUUGCUUUUAGUGGUUAAAAUCUCUUGAAACUCUUGGAUAGCCAUUGAAGCAUAUGUUGUUUGGCUCCUUCCAAUAUUCACAUUUAUUAUUCUUAGAGCCACUUGCUCUUGGUCUUUCUACUUAAGUUUUAUCAAAUUUGUAGCAAUUCUCGGUCAUAUAUUUAAGUAGUAGCUUGUUUUAACUCUUAAAAUUUGUAGCCACCAGCAGCAGGUUAUGAGGUUCCUGAGAGGAAAGAUGGGGUUUAAUGGGGGGGGGUGAGAGAAGAAUGAGACCAAGACAAAAUUUCUGAUCAAGGCUCAAUGUUUACUUAGGAGUCUGAGUUUAUAAAUGGAGAAACCCAUGUCCCCACUAUGUCAGGAUCUUGUUGCCUCCUCUUCCACAUCUAGUUGCUUUGUCAGGCAGACAGGCUCAGCAGGUGGUGGCUCAGGCAGACAGGCUCAGCAGGUGGACAAUAGACUUCACCUAGGUCGCAAGGCUCUACCCUAGGUAGGCUAGCUGGCUGUGGAGUGCAAGGUCUGAAUUAGCCUGCUUCAGACUGGGGAGAAAGGCACAAAAAUUGGUUAGCUAUCUCAUCUUUUGGAUUGAGGUCCAUUGUUUUCUUAGAAGGUAGAACUUGUUGUAAUAUAUGUGUAGUAAGGAGAGUGGGAGGAACAAACACAGAGUAAAUAGGCAGCUGCCACAUUUACCAAAGGUAGUCUGUUAGUUUAUUCUUUGGGUUCAAUUGCCUUUUCCGAUAUUGUGCCCCAUCCUUGUUAUUGAACUGCCACUAAACAUAAGAGCCUUUACUGCAGUUUGUUUUGUUUUUGUUUUUUUUUUUUUUUUAAUUUUCUUUUUCUUUUUUUAAAUUUUUUUAUUUUUUAUUUAU